CGUCUGCGCAACAACACGUCAAUUGACACCAUGUUCUCCCUACGCUCUUCAAGAGGCGUUACUGCGGCUCUGAAGCCGGUUAUGCAGGUGAGGGCUGUUAAAUCCGCUGCGUCUCAAGCUUCGAGAACCUUCAGCAUCCUCACCCCCCUCCGCCCCUCCCUCCAGCCCCGCGCCCUCACCCGCGCCCCUACCUCCGUAUCCUGCGCCGCCAUCGACAGCACCACCACCACCAGCGCGUCGAGCAGCGAGAUCCUCGACCUCCUUCCCAAAAUCAGCACGCACCCCUCUCUAGUGGGCAUUCAAGUGCGUUGCGGGCCGCGGAAUACGUUUAGCCCGUCGCAUUUUGUGAGGAAGAGGAGGCAUGGGUUUUUGUCGAGGUUGAGGACGAGGAAGGGGAGGGCGACGCUGCAGAGGAGGAAGAGUAAGAAUAGGAGUACUUUGAGUCAUUAGAGGGGGAAGGGAUGGGCGGGAGCGGAGAGGAGAGGUGGAGGGUAUGUGUGUUGAGUAUUGAGAUGGGAGGGAGAAAGAAAAGAUGGCGAUGUGAUCGAUUCUGGGAGGAUGUGUAGUGUAUACUUAUGGGCAUAUUGGGGCAUAGAUAUUGGGAAAGAAAACAGAAUGAAGGAACAAUAUACUCCCAACGAGCAUGUUUCCUACAGUGUUAUUUCACUUGCCAGUGGAUUGUGAGAUGUCGUCCAGAAGCACACCAGCAAACUAGCAAGCACGAAGUGUAGGAGGUCCACAGCCAAAAUCAGGAGCAAAACUUGCGGGCUCUUCCCCAACCUCGCAUUCCCACCCAAUAGCCCUCCUCAGAAAAGGCACGAACCGUGAUCUCAGUAGUUUGACAGCUAAAUCAAUACCAUCAUUUUGGUAAUACUGUAGACGCCAAGCGGAGCUGCGCAGUACUUAUUCUAGAAAUCCCACAGUGGAUCACGCAUCUUAUUUCUUAUUGUGACGUCCCCCCCGGCUCCGAUACCACCCCCCAAACCUGGAAACCACCUCGGUCGGAUUCCAUUAAGGAAGGCAGAGGACAGGACAGGGUCAGACAUCUGCCCUCUCAGGGGCCAGGUCGGAGGGACAGGCUUUCAUGGUAUGUGAGGAUGGGGGUGGGAAAGUCGGGGGCCGCGGCCAGAAUGUCGGCCUUGUAUGGAGGUAUGCAAGGAGCGCUUUUCUUUCUCUUCAGCAGCGUACAGACGUGCCACAGGCCUGAGGCUACCCUACGAUACUCAAAUCCCCCAAGUAUCACCAACGUCAGCCACGUCGGAGGUCGGAGGGAGGGAGGGCAUCCUGACCUCGUUCAGACAGUUGUGUUGCGGACUAUGCUAUACUGGUACGGCCAUGAUUGCCCCACUUCACCCCUUUUUCUGUUUUUCUGUUUUUCUGUUUUUCUGAUCCUGGUUGGAGAUCGCUGGGCGGUGGUGGGCGUGGCGGUAUUAGGCGCGCAGAUGGAGGAGGUAAGCCUGUCUGUAUCGAAGUAAGUACCUCCUUACUGCUCAACUACCGUCUACCAGCAUCUUGGUGGUAUAGCACGGAAUCCGAAGUCAGUUUCGUACUCAGAUCAAGAGGCAAGAAACAAGAAACAAGAGGCAAGAAACAAGAGGCAAGAAGCAAGAAACAAGAAACAAGAAACAAGAAACAAGAAACAAGAAACAAGAAACAAGAAACAAGAAACAAGAAACAAGAAACAAGAAACAAGAAACCCGGAAUAAUAAACCCGGACUAAUACUGCCAUGAUGCAUGAUUCUAUUGUUGGUAGUUGGUAGUGGUGCCUGUUCGGCCCUCUCUCCUCUCCGUCCCUUCACCCUUCACCAUCGCCAUCGUUCCCCAUCACACCCCCCGUCAGUUUAGUGGCCGCAGAGGAGACUGGGGGGGAAAGAAAAGACUGGGGGUGUUGGUGGUGGUGUACUUGCUGUUACAGUAUAUGAUGUGGUACAUACAAAUGGCAAGUCACUAAAUAGGGUGUUUGAGGGGCGUAUUUGGGG